GUUUCCUUCUUCUUCUUCUCCUUCUCCUUCCUCUCUCUCUCCACAGUAGACACGAAUGGUAAGUUAUAAGUAGAUCCGUGUAGCGCCACUACGUCCAGAAACGGCGAGAGGUUGGCCUUUUCCUCUUGCCUCUUCAUCCUUUUUUGUCCAAUCAUCUGCACCUUCCAUCUUCACCACCAAUCCGUGAGUUUUAUUUCUUCCGAUUGAGUUGUACCUGUCUAGGUGGAAAAGGUCCUGAUCAUGGACGACAGCAGCCUCCCUCCUGGCUUUAGGUUCCAUCCAACAGAUGAGGAGCUAGUCGCCUAUUAUCUCACUCGCAAGGUCGCGGAUUCUGCUUUCGUUGCCAAGGCCAUUACCGUUGUUGAUCUCAACAGAUGUGAACCAUGGGAUCUUCCUGGCAAAGCUAGCAUGGGAGAGAAGGAAUGGUAUUUCUUUAACUUGAGGGACAGGAAGUACCCAACUGGCCUUAGGACAAAUAGGGCAACAGAAGCUGGUUACUGGAAGACCACUGGUAAAGAUAAAGAGAUCUUCACAUCAGGGAGUAUGCUUGUGGGUAUGAAGAAAACUCUGGUUUUCUACAAGGGGAGAGCUCCCAAAGGGGAGAAGACCAACUGGGUCAUGCAUGAGUACAGGCUUUCAUCAAAAUUUCCUUCUAAACUCACAAAGGAGGAAUGGGUAGUCUGCAGAAUCUUCCGAAAGAGCAACUGUGUAGGAAGAAGGUCGCCGCCCUUCCCUUCUUUACAGCAAUCUCCAUCCAAUGGCACCAAUUUGGACCAAGGAGAGAUGGAGUACAUGGAAAGCGGUUACUUUACGGAAUCGAAUUCAGAGUUAUCAGAGAUAACCAGGUUACUCGGAAAUUCAGAUACACCAAACAUUGAUGAAAACAGUCUUGCCAACAAUACUAGCGGCAUAGCCACCAUGACCAACAACAUGAAAAACGGGUUUGUCAACGCGGAUACGAGUGUGCCGCUUCUAAGGGAGAAGGCAAUGCAGAACUCUCUUUCUUCAAUGCCAGGGAGCAGCUUCUUCAGCCUAGAUUUUCCUUCAUCAAGUUCAAAUAUAUUGAGGUCGCUGCAGAUGAGUGUGGCCAACAAUUAUCAACUGCAACAGGCUUCAACUUCUACCUACUUGAAUCCAUUGAUUCCAUCCGAUUCAAAUUUUGCAAAGCAGGCUUCCUUGGAUUUGGAGUCUUUUUGGCGCGGCAGCUAAUGCUUUCCUCUAUGGGUGUGCUGACGAAUUAACAUGGCAGCAAAAAUUGUAGAUACUGAUUGAUAAGCGUAAAAUAGGCUGUCUACGCAACUGGCAUGUAACAUCUAAGGGAUGUCAGCUCCUGUAUUUGUUUAUAACUUAGCUGUGAUAGUUCUGUUGUUCCAUGUCAUGCUAGCAACCAAUUAAAUAUAAAACAAUUA